ACGGCGCUCAUGCCUGCUGCGGUCUGUGACUCCGGGAGGAUGGACGGUGUGUCUUUGGGACACUGCCUCUCAUGUCUUACCAGUCUGGUGGCCACACCGGCAUCACCGCGUCCAAACUGCGCCGCUGACUCCGAGGAGGACACGGUGAAUGGAGGGAUGCACACCUUCAACCAGACGCACAUGAGGAAGGCUUUCCAGCUGAUGAAUGACCUGAGGAGUAAAAAGAUGCUGUGCGAUGUGCAGCUGGUGGCAGGGAGCGUUGAAGUGCCGGCUCACCGGGUGGUCCUGGCGUCCUGUAGCCCCUAUUUCUGUGCCAUGUUCACAGGUGACAUGAGCGAAAGCAAGGCCCAUCAGGUGGAGAUCAGAGAGGUGGACGGGCAGACGCUGAGGAAACUGGUCGACUACAUCUACACAGCUGAGAUAGAGGUCACAGAGGACAACGUUCAGGUUCUGUUGCCAGCAGCCAGUCUCCUGCAGCUGAUGGAUGUUCGUCAGGUUUGUUGUGAGUUCCUGCAAUCUCAGCUUCACCCCACCAACUGUCUGGGCAUCAGAGCUUUCGCUGACCUGCAUACAUGCACACAGCUUCUCAACCAAGCCCACGCAUACGCUGAGCAGCAUUUCACUGAAGUGGUGCAGGGAGAGGAGUUUCUGGGCCUUUCUCUGCAGCAGGUGUGCAGCCUCAUCUCCAGCGACAAACUCACUGUUUCCACUGAGGAGAAGGUGUUUGAGGCCAUGAUAGCUUGGAUCAAGUACGAUAAGCCGGCUCGUCUGGAGUACAUGCCCAAGCUGAUGGAGCAUGUCAGACUUCCACUGCUAACGAGAGACUACUUGGUACAGAUUGUGGAAGAAGAGGCUUUGAUAAAGAACAACAACACCUGUAAAGAUUUUCUCAUAGAAGCAAUGAAGUAUCACCUGCUGCCAGCCGACCAGCGGCACCUCAUCAAGACAGACAGGACCCGACCGCGAACACCUAUCAGCAUCCCCAAGGUGAUGAUUGUAGUGGGGGGUCAGGCUCCAAAGGCCAUCCGUAGUGUGGAGUGUUACGACUUCCAAGAAGACCGAUGGUACCAAGUAGCCGACCUGCCUUCAAGACGUUGCCGGGCAGGUGUUGUUUCCAUGGCAGGACGUGUGUACGCAGUCGGGGGGUUCAACAGCUCACUGCGGGAAAGAACAGUGGAUGUUUACGACGGAGUGAGAGAUCAGUGGAGUGCAGUGGCGAGCAUGCAGGAGAGACGCAGUACACUGGGAGCUGCUGUGUUGGGGGAUCUGCUGUACGCGGUGGGGGGCUUUAACGGAAGUAUAGGUUUGUCGACAGUAGAGGCCUACAACUAUAAAACCAAUGAGUGGAUCUAUGUAGCUCACAUGAACACCCGACGCAGCAGUGUGGGUGUAGGGGUGGUCGAUGGUAAGCUGUAUGCAGUAGGAGGCUACGAUGGAGCGUCCCGUCAGUGUCUCAGUACGGUGGAAGAAUACGACCCUGUUACUGAUCAGUGGUGCUAUGUAGCUGACAUGAGCACACGGCGCAGUGGAGCAGGUGUUGGUGUGUUAGGAGGCCAGCUAUAUGCAGCAGGAGGACAUGAUGGGCCCCUGGUGAGGAAAAGUGUUGAGGUGUACGACCCACAAACCAACACCUGGAGACUGGUCUGUGACAUGAACAUGUGCCGAAGAAACGCAGGCGUCUGUGCAAUAAACGGUCUGCUGUACGUGAUUGGAGGAGAUGACGGGUCGUGUAACCUCUCAUCUGUAGAGUUUUACAACCCAGCCACGGACAAGUGGAGCCUCAUUCCCACCAACAUGAGCAAUGGACGCAGCUAUGCCGGAGUAGCAGUGAUUGACAAGCCUUUAUGACCAGUGGCCUCCCACAGCAUCAGCUCUGCGUCGGAAGCCAGUUUCAAAGAGAUGCACACUGACAUCUGACGCUCAAAAGGCAAACGAAGCAGUAACGCCUGAGGAAAACACUGUUCGAAUGAACAGGGAGCCCUCAACCCUCAGCUGACACAAUCAAGGACGGAUCUUUUUGGCACUAACCCACGACUUGAUUUAGUGUGUACUUGCUAUCUCCAAGCCAUUUCCAUUAGAGCCCUGUGAGAUCUUUACUUUUAAAGACACUGUUGCACUAGAUAAAAAGCAAUAGCCACAGGAGAGCAGACUUAAAAGAAUUUGUCUUAAUGAAACAUUUUCAAAUGCCUAGCACAUAAUAAGCGCUGUAUCUGCUGACAUAAGAUCUGCUCGGACACUGACGUUGGAAAGACUUGUAAGCUGAAAUAGAGGGGCCAAACGAAGCACAACGCUUCACCUGCAGUCGCUGAUGGACCUGGGAGACCUGAACCGAACACUGAAACACCAGCUGACAGACACAUCAAGCGAGUGAAGCAGCCUACUUCCAUGCUUCAGGCGGACUGUCUGCUUUCAGCGUUCACGGUGUUGCUGCAAAUAAUCAGGGCAUUGCAAUGCUGACCUGUGAUUGGCUGCUGCAUCUUAAAUCCUGUAAAUCUGGGAGCACAUUUGGAGCCAGUUUUUUUAAACAAUCAGACUUGCCACAUUUUCUAGAGUAUAAUGGUCUUGUGGCAAUUAGUUGCUCAACUUAAUUUUGAGAAGUGAACCAAGUUGUUUGAUUCCUGUGCCAACCAUCAGCACUUUCAGCUGUUGAACUAAUGAAAACCAGCUUUCCAGAGAGCUGCGGUAUAACUGAGCUGCUGUAUGGUUUGCAAAAUACCACAGUUGCCAGAGAGUAUAUGUUCUCAACCUGAAGGCCUGGACCUUAGAGAGCUGCAAGAGAAUUUAAAGAAUGUAGAAACCAUCUUAUAUGCAAAUUAUCAUAUUUAAUAUUUUUGAGAUUGUUUCAGAGAUGUUGAGAACCACUGCUGUGGCAUUAGACCCAGGCCAGUUGAUGUGAUUCAACAUGGUAGGACUUGAUUCUGUUAUAGACAGACUACUGAUGCACUGAACACAUGCACUGACUGAUGCAGGCUGGCUGUCCGCAUCGCUGGCGAUCUGACACACCGAUUGGCCGGUCGGACGUCUGCACGUCUUUCUGACUGACAAACUGGAUCACUGACCUGCUGUCAGACAGACGGCUGCUCGGCUGUCUGUCUUCGUUACUAAUCGUACUCAUGGGAGUGUUUUAAAGCUGCCACAAAGGCCAAUAAUUUGAUCAGAAAUUGUAAAAAUGUGCCAGUUUUGAUGAUCGGAAUCAGAAUAAUGCUGGAGCAACCAGGUGUUUUUAUCUCUUAGUGACAAAUGAGGAGUUAUUUCUGUUUAUUGUCUCUGAAAGUGUGUCAAAAUACACUGUAGAAAUUCAGCUGUAAAAUUGUGGAAGAUGCAGGUUCACUAUUUGUAUUUAUUGUUUUAGGUCAGUUGAUCACAUUAGCAUUUAUUCACAUCAAAGUGAAGUUCUCAUUUGAUUUUCUCACUUGUGCUCUUUUCACAUCUGUUCAGCUGUUGGAGGAUUUAAACUGAGUCAUUUAGUCGACUGACUGGUGCCAUAAUUCAUGAAAGCCUCAGCCAACCUUCACUUCUGCCUACCAGUCACAGAUGGGAUCCUCUCUCAUUUCAUAACCUCCUGAUGAAUAACGAUAUCAGAUAUUUACAAGAUCAUACUGGUGUUUUUUUCAUGUUAACUUUAUUUAACAGUCAUGUAUACUACAUUAAUCCCAUCCAUGUUACAAAUCAUAACUAACAUUUGAGACUGAUGUGCAUAUUUUCCAUAAUCCAAAAGGUCAACAUGGACGCCAUUAAAAGGUUAAUAUGAUACUGAUUUUGGACACACAUUAAUAAUUUGAUGUAGGGUGUCAUGAUUUUCAAAGGUGAGAAGUGGGAUAGUAUCAGUAUUAAUUUUGUACAUACUUUGAAGGUUUUUUUGCUGCACUGUGGGAAUGCAUGUGGGAGUUAUUAAGAACACCGGUUUCACACUGGGAAUUCAGACACAGUUUCAGAGGAUACACUUACAAUUUAUUAUUCAUUUAUUAUGUCAACUACUGGUUUGGCCUAUAUAAAUGUCAGAGAAUACCCCAAAAAUCCAAAGAUAUUCAGUUUAUUAUCAUGUACAAUAAAUGAACACAUCAUAUUAUCAAACCUAAGAAA